UGCGCAAAGCAGAAGAGGUGUCAACGACUUGGUAUCGAGAUAGAAAGGCAAGACAAAGCAAAAAAAGUCAACUACACACGAGAAGAGCAGCAGACGAGAAUGAAUCUGAGUAUUGUAUUCUACCUCACUCCACUCCUCACUUUCACUAAUGGAGGGAAGUUGCUAGAGUUCUCAUACACUAGAGAGGUCAAUGAAGGAGAGUGGGCCAGCUUCUCUUGUGCAGUCAAACGUGGCAAAGCAAUAGUUCGUUGGAAGAUUGGUAACUAUACAGAUGAAGUGGGUAACGGUAUGAAGUAUAUCGGCUCUCAUGGGCUUGUGGUGAGGCAAUAUGAUGACCGUGAACUAACAGAGAAGUACAAAGGCAAAGGACUAACUUCUGGCGUUGAGGUCCUGGCCACUGCAGAGUUGAACAGAGUUCCCGUGCAGUGUGUGGCUCACCCACUUGACCUCUCACUCUCAAUAGAGUACAGCAAGUUCAUCAUCCUGAGUGUCCACGCCGAUCUCAAUACCACUAAUCAAGAUACGAUCUCCCAAGAUCUUCCAAGACCACGAAACUCACGUUCUGUUACGUCACCCCCAUCAUCAUCAUCCAGAGCAGCUGCUUUGUUUACCUCCACCUUCAUCACCAUCACUUUGGUGUCAACCACGAUUCUAACAUUGGACAUUUCUUGAAAGUCUUAACUGCUCUACCAUUGGACUAAAACUGAUAUAUUAUAAUCAUGAUGCAUUUUUAUGUGCCAAAACUCAUUAUUGAAAUGCCAUACAUAACAUUCAUGGUUCAAUGAUUCAAUAGAGAUCCUUAUGAUAACAGUUCAUUAGUAGGGUCUAGCAGUCGGUGUGGUCUCCAGAGCCGGUGUUUGCAGGGUGCACCUCGAUGAGGGCAAAUUUGCUGUAGCUGUCUCUCGUGGCAAACCUUGGAUGGCGAUACACACACUCAACUGGUACUCCAUCCAUCUCAGCAGUAGCCAGUACCCCGAUGGUCUCAGUGAGGAUCCUCCCUGUAAUAUCAGGGGCAAACGAUCUCUCGGCCGUCACUUCCUCCAACUCAGGCAGACUCCCUGCACUGUUGUAGACAUAGCCAUCAUUGGUGAAGUCUCCAAUCCUCCAUCUAAUGGUGCCGGGGAGUUUUAUGCCACAGGAGAAGUUGGCCCACUGUCCCUCAGUGACUACAACUGAGUGUGGGUGUUCUCUGAUGGGGUUGACAGCAGCUGCAGACAGAGCUGCCAGGAUACUGAAGACUGUCAGUCGUACGAGUUCCAUUUCCUUUCACUGUUUCUUUUCUUGCGAAGUUUAAUUCUCUUGA